AUGGCUGCUGCCACUCUGAUGAACCCGGCUUCGGCAUACCACCACAAUCCGCCGUUCUCCCCAUAUCACCAAACGCCGCCUCCGCCGUCUAUGCCCGGCAUGAUUUCGCCCGGUGGGAGCAGGAGGGCGUCCGACGAGACCGAGUCCGCCCCUCGCCAUUCGCUACCUUCCAUAUCAGAAGUCUUCUCGGCCGCGAAACCAAGCCAGUAUACCCCAACGACACCCACGACGCUGGGCGGCUCACAAACUCUUCCUCACCCCUUCAGCUCCGCGGCACCUCCCAGGCCCGAGCCUGCACCAGAACCGCGAUUAGUACGCCCGCACGAGGACAAAUUCUACCGCUAUCCCCCACAUCCAGACGCUGGCGCUGCGCAGGGUCCUCCGAACUCGUACCCGUUCCCAGAACAACGUGAUCCUGCGAAAGCCCCGGAAUCAGCUCCCAAUACCAGUCAUGCAAAUCCUCCUCCGCCACAUAUGCCGUACCCGCCAGGACAGCUCCCACUCUCCGCGGCUCCAGUCUCACCCCGCCACCUAGGCCAUCUUCCAACGUUCGAUCCACAACGGCCUCCUGUUCAUGCCGACGAGGAGUACGGAAUGCACAGAAAUCGAUAUGAUUCGACCCUCAGCCGCCACUUUGAAGCAUGGGGAUAUCAGGAGUUGCUUGGCAAGCAGAUUUCAUGGAACUCUAGGACGAUAUUCGCUUUCGCCGACGCAUAUGGGAAAUUAGCUUCGGAACAGCAUGGAGGACAAACGAUACCAGAACGAUUGCCCUCCGAGAGGGAGGUCUCGGCGAUGCUGGACAACGCAAUUUGGCUGAGGCAGUCCCUCGAGAACAUCCGAGACAUCGUGCAGCAGAGCAUUGCGACUGAGAAAGCCCGGGAAGGUGGUCGGUCCAAAGGGCCAUUCGAUGGCGAUGAUGACAUGGGCAUGUACGGCGACGGCAUGAAGCAACCAUAUGGGCUCGGGGAGGUAAAGAAGCGGCGAGGGCGCGCGGCACCGCCAGGCCGAUGUCACAGCUGCAACCGGAUCGACACGCCUGAAUGGCGGCGAGGACCGGACGGCGCGAGGACACUAUGUAACGCAUGCGGGCUACACUAUGCCAAACUGGAGAGGAAACGGCAGAUGGAGCAAAGGAAUAUCCGGCCAAAGGCUGUGGAGGAGCGAGUUUGA